AUGAAUAAAUCUCGUGGAGAAAAAAAACAAAACCAAUUGCCUGGUUGGCUUUGGCCGACAUCAAAUGUAUUACCUUCCAUGUAUCGUAAAGUUUGGGAUACUGUGAAAGAGGAAAGCCUGGGACUGGGUGCAAUGCAAGGUGAAUUGCUUGUGGAUACUAAUAAAGUAUUUCCUUUGCUGUUAACUAGUCAACUACCUACUGAAGUACUAGGUUACAUUUGGAGUUUAGCUAAUCAAAAGUAUGCUGGGCAACUUACAGAACAAGAACUCUAUAUCGUAUUGGCACUCACAGCAAUUGCACAAACCUCCUACACAUUUACCAAUCUGGAUGUUCUCCAUAUGCUACCUGGACCGCCGAUUCCUCGGCUAAAUUUAAACAUUUUGUAUUCUAAUGCAUUGCAUUCACCAAUUUCAGAAACUAGUCUUAUUGGAAGUCUUGAUAAUAAGCAUGAUCGACGGAGUAAUAACAAAAAUUUAAAUGCUUAUCCUUCAGCCAUUCCCAGUGUCAUUAAUAAUUCAUAUGUUAACGAGCCGAAGAUGUCAAGUGUCCUGGUUAAUAAAAGUUGUACUGAUGAAAAAGUAAUCUCUGUAGGUCAUAAUGUUAAAGCUUGUCAUCCAACAAAUUCAUUAUCAUUAGAUUUCAAUGACGAUUUUACUGACUUUCAAAGCGCUCCUAUUCCUCAAAUAUCUAAUACAGUAAAAUGGGAUUAUAAACAAGGCUCAGCAAUCGGUAGUAGGCUAGCUAAUCAUAAUCUAAGUGGAGGAAUGAAUCUUAUUGAGAAAAAAAAAACAAAUUCAAAUAAAAGUAAUCAUGGUAAUUUGAUAGGUUCACCAGUGCUUAAUAAAGACCGUCCGGUUGACGUUCAUCAUUCUAAUAAUUUAUUCUCAAAAUGUAUUGUAAAGAAUCAAGCUAAAACUGUCAUUCUUAAAGACACUAUUAUCAGGAGUAAUAGUGAGACGGUGCAACAACAAAUACAAAACAAUUCUCGAGAAGUAAAUAUUGUUGAGAAUAUAGAAAACACCCCAGUACCUGAAGUAUUACCGAAGAAUAUACCGGCUGCUACAGGGCUUGAUAAUUUACCACAAGAUUUAAUGAAUCUCCAACCAGUUGAAGAUAAAUACAGUGCGUUGAGAGUACUCGUUGAGGAGCCCCCAAAAUCUAAUAUCACUCAAGCUACUGAAGAUUCUGAUCUUUUUGAUGAUUUUGGUGACUUUGUAUCCGCAGAACAAUCAGCGGAGCCAGAAGUUUCAAAUACUCUUCAAAUUAGUAUUGCAAGUGUUGAUGAUUCCAUGGAUUUAUUCACUGAUUUCGAACAAUUUUUACCCAAUGUUAAUGAUAAAGAAGAGAUUUCUUUUACACAAGAGACUAUUGAAGCUUUUGCACAACUUGAAAUUACUGCGAGUCCAGAAAAAACCUUAAACUUUCUUGAAAAGAAGUAUGAAGUUACCAUCGAUCCAGAAAAAGUUAUGCAGAAAGAAGAUACAGCUUCGAUUAACAGCAUCGAAUUGGGUAAUGCAAGAGUUAUAACUCGAUCCAACUCAGUUCCAAGCUUAGAUCUUAAAUCUUUCCUUCCUGCUAAUCUUGAAGAAGAUAAGGAAACAGAAAAUAUGUAUCAGUUGAUCUAUUGGGAGUGGAAACAAUACAUGGAGAGUUGCGUUUUACUACUUCAAGUCGCUACCAAUAUAUUUACAAAUAUUAGUUCCGAUAAAGUACUUCAAGAAGUACUCAAUUCUGGCCAAGGUUACAAUUUUCUUUGCAAUUUAGCUGAAGUUGCUAGUGUUUGCCGGAGAGUUAAUUUUGCUCACAAGGAAAUGGAUAUAAAUAUAAUGAAUUUUGAUGAUCUUCUAACGGAAAUUGAUAGAUUAUGGGCUGAAAUGGAGCCGUUUUACUCAAAUAUUCCGAUUGUUACAGAAUUACCAACGUUCCCACAGCACCCAAACUGUAAUACAGCAUGCGCGCUUUGUUUAACAGCAGUUACUAGUAAUAAAGUUACUUACAAUGAUAAUGUUUAUCACGUAACUUGUGCUAAUUUGUGGCUUAAUUGUGUUAAUCAUAAUUUACCAGUUUUACGUCACGUGUCGUCUCAUGAACAUACCAAUAUUACUGAGAAGACUUAUUAA